AUGACUGUCUCAUCGGAAAUGGGGAAAAGUGGGAAAUGUUGUGAUUGCAUCGGCUCGAGCAUUCGUGGCUCCGGAGUCAUUAAUGAUAAGGACAUCCUACCCAUCACCCGUUUGAAUUUCGGCCGAACUGGGCAACAAUAUUCUUCUGGUGUCCACACGCUGGGCCGAUUCGAAUGCACCGGACAAGUGGCCGUCACUGGAAUGCCGACGUCGUGCGAAGAUCUCUGGAGGAUCGGCCACAUCCUGAGCGGAUUCUAUUCCGUUAAAGGAGUCAAAAUGGUCGAAAGUGUUUACUGCGAUUUUUCAAAACUACCGAACGAAGCAGGUUUCCAGAAAUGGAUCGGAUACGACGACGUCAAGUCGGCACCUGUCUACUUCUACGUCCAGCGGAAUUCUCUCUUCAACACGGGAAAUGUCUCAAUUCCUUUCCAGGUUUCCAAAUUAAACAUCGGCAACGCCAUGGAUUUGUCGACAGGAAAAUUUACGGCACCUGUCCAGGGAACGUAUUUCUUCUCGUUUACUGGACACGCCCAUAUUUCCUAAGUCAUCAUCUUUACUUAGUUUAGGAGUAGGUCUCUAUCUGAACGGGAAUUUUAUCGGGUGGGGCUUUGUGGAAGAGUACCAAACUUCAAAUUUGCAAGAAACCCCUUUGACUCUGCAAUCGACGCUCAAUUUACAAAAAGGAGAUGAAAUUUGGUUGCAGAUCGCAUUAAUUUCGGAUAGCGUGAGUCUCUUGGAUGACGGUAGGAACUGCUGGACCCACUUUACGGGAUACAUUUUGGAAGAAGAACUGUUUUUUUUAACAUGUUGUGAGACGGAAAGUAAAUAGACUUGAAAUUAAAUCACAACAAAUAAAAAUUAAAACGCAUUACGCAAUUCAAAUAUCUAAUUCUAUAAUGGCACCGAUUUUG